CGCCCGCCCGAUGGGGCUGGAGUGAGCUGCGCGUGCCGGCGGUGGGGGAGCAGAGCAGGCUACGGAGAGCGGAGCGGCGCGCCCACCGCGGACCAUGGGCUCCAUGUUCCGGAGUGAGGAGGUGGCUCUAGUCCAGCUCUUCCUGCCCACAGCUGCCGCCUACACCUGCGUGAGCCAGCUGGGCGAGCUGGGCCUCGUGGAGUUCAGAGACCUCAAUGCAUCGGUGAGCGCCUUCCAGAGACGCUUUGUGGUGGAUAUCCGGCGCUGUGAAGAAGUGGAGAAGACCUUCACCUUCCUGCAGGAAGAGGUGCACAGGGCCGGCUUGCUGUUGCCCCGGCCCGAGGGGAGGCUUCCCGCGCCCCCACCCCGUGACCUGCUGCGCAUCCAGGAGGAGACGGAUCGCCUGGCACAAGAGCUGCGGGAAGUGCGUGGCAACCAGCAGGCGCUGCGGGCCCAGCUGCACCAGCUGCAACUCCACUCAGCCGUGCUGGGCCAAAGCCACGGCCCCCUGCCGGCAGCUGCCCACAUAGAUGGCCCUUCCUCGGAGAGAACCCCACUGCUUCUGUCCCCUGGGGGAUCACACCAGGAUCUGAGGGUCAACUUUCUGGCAGGUGCUGUGGAGCCCUACAAAGCUGUGGCCCUGGAACGCCUGCUCUGGCGAGCCUGCCGCGGCUUCCUCAUUGCCAGCUUCAGGGAGACUGAGCGGCAGCUGGAGGACCCUGUGACGGGUGAGCCUACAACAUGGAUGACCUUCGUCAUCUCCUACUGGGGUGAGCAGAUAGGACAGAAGAUCCGCAAGAUCACGGACUGCUUCCACUGCCAUGUCUUCCCGUUCCUGGAGCAAGAGGAGGCCCGGCACGGGGCCCUGCAGCAGCUGCAGCAGCAGAGCCAGGAGUUGCAGGAGGUCCUGAGGGAGACUGAGUGGUUCCUGAGCCAGGUGCUGGGCCGGGUGCAGCUGCUGCUGCCACCAUGGCAGGUGCAGAUCCACAAGAUGAAGGCCGUGUACCUGAUGCUCAACCAGUGCAGCGUGAGCACCACGCACAAGUGCCUCAUCGCCGAGGUGUGGUGCGCCACCCGCGACCUGCCCACCCUACAGCAGGCGCUGCAGGACAGCUCGAGUGAGGCGGGAGUGAGCGCUGUGGCUCACCGCAUCCCCUGCCGGGAACUUCCUCCAACCCUCAUCCGCACCAAUCGCUUCACGGCCAGCUUCCAGGGCAUUGUGGAGGCCUACGGCGUGGGCCGCUACCAGGAGGUCAACCCUGCACCCUAUACCAUCAUCACCUUCCCGUUCCUCUUCGCUGUGAUGUUUGGCGACGUGGGCCAUGGCCUGCUCAUGUUCCUCUUCGCCUUGGCCAUGGUGCUGGCUGAGGACCGGCCGGCUGUGAAGGCCGCACAGAAUGAGAUCUGGCAGACCUUCUUUGGGGGCCGCUACCUCCUGCUCCUGAUGGGCCUGUUCUCCGUCUACACCGGCUUCAUCUACAAUGAGUGCUUCAGCCGCGCCACCGUCAUCUUCCCCUCGGGUUGGAGUGUGGCUGCCAUGGCCAACCAGUCAGGAUGGAAUGACACGUACCUGUCUCAGAACCCAUUGUUCACCCUGAAUCCCAAUGUCACCGGCGUCUUCCUGGGGCCCUAUCCCUUUGGCAUCGACCCGAUCUGGAGCCUGGCCACCAACCAUUUGAGCUUCCUCAACUCCUUCAAGAUGAAGAUGUCUGUCAUCCUGGGGGUCACCCACAUGGCCUUUGGGGUGUUCCUCGGAGUCUUCAACCACGUGCACUUUGGCCAGGCUCACCGGCUGCUGCUGGAGACCCUACCCGAGCUCGUCUUCCUCCUGGGCCUCUUCGGUUACCUCGUCUUUCUGGUCGUCUACAAGUGGCUGAGUGUCUCGCCCGCCAAUGCCAGCUCGGCUCCGAGCAUCCUCAUCCAUUUCAUCAACAUGUUCCUCUUCUCACACAGUGCCACCAACCAGCCGCUCUUCCCCCGGCAGGAAGUGGUACAGUACAUACUGGUGGUCCUGGCCUUGGCCACGGUGCCUGUUCUGCUGCUGGGUACACCCUUGUACCUGCUGCACCGGCACCGCCGCCGCCCCCACUCAUGGAGAAGGCCCGAGGGCCAACAGGAUAAGGGCAGUGCCAGGCUUCUGGACUCUCCUGAGGCCUCCACCUCCGAGAAUGGCUGUGGCUUUGAUGAGGAGAAGACAGGGUGUUUGGAGGACAAGGAAGACGAGUUUGUCCCCUCCGAGGUCUUCAUGCACCAGGCCAUCCACACCAUCGAGUUCUGCCUGGGCUGCAUCUCUAACACAGCCUCUUACCUGCGCCUCUGGGCCCUGAGCCUGGCCCACGCCCAGUUGUCCGAGGUCCUGUGGUCCAUGGUGAUGCAUGUGGGCCUGGUCAUGGGCCAGAAGGUGGGUGUGGCGGCUGUGGUGCUCGUCCCCAUUUUUGCCGCCUUCGCUGUGAUGACGGUGGCCAUCCUGCUGGUGAUGGAGGGUCUCUCUGCCUUCCUGCACGCGCUGCGGCUGCACUGGGUGGAGUUCCAGAACAAGUUCUAUGCAGGCACUGGCUACAAGCUGAGCCCCUUCACCUUCUCCGUGGAAGAUGAGUAGCGCCCAUCGUGGGUUGUGUCUAUCCCAUCCUUACCUCCCUGAGGCAGGGAGGAAUAAAGAGCUGGCAGGCCAGGAACUGGGUUUUGGUCCUCUUUGGGACACCACAGCUAGGCUGAAGCCAGGAUGGGCAGGGCCUGGGUUUCGGGCUUCUGGUUGGCUGGCCCCUGCCAGUCCCUGUGCUGGUGUUCCCUAGCCCUCUUUCCUAGCUGAGGCAGGAGGGGGGUGGGAGGUACUGGCCUGGGACCUGGGCCUUGAAAAGUCGGGGUGAGGUCCCAUGAGCAGUAACUGAGUGACUCAGUCUUGGGGUGAGGUUGGGCAGCACGAGGGCGGAGAAGGGAUUUUUGCAGCGUCUUCUAGCGUGGAGUGAGUGAGUGGAUUCCAGCCGGCUCCAGGGCAUGAGCGAUCCCUGUAUGCAGACUGACUAUCUGGGAUACUCUGGAUUGUGGUAGCUGCUCCAUGGGCCUCUGGUUGGUGUUCCAAACCUGGGACUGGAGCCCCAUGGUUUUGAGUUGCUCUGAAAUAGAGUAGCCUGGGAAUUGCCCUGGGACCUGACAGUCAGAACAGCGGUCAAGUUGAUUCUAAAGCCUUGUCUCCCCAUCCUGAGGCUCUGAGUCGUUUCCUGCCCCCCAGUCCUUCCCUGCCCAAGGCAAGACCGUCCCACCACAGCUCUGAGGUGGAGCCAGUGGAUCUCAGAAGCCUUAAUUUUUCCACCCAAAAAACUACAAAGUGGUUCUUCCAGCUUGAGGUCCCAGGAACAAUGGCCACUUGGAGGCCAGAGCUGCCCUGGGCACAGUGAGCAAGGUGGCCUGGCCCAUAGUAAUGGCUCUGGCCAGCAGCAGGGAGGGGCCUAUUCCUUGCAUCCGGGACUGCUCGGUUAAGAACCCCUGGAUGCUAGGUUAGGGAAUGAAGGGUGCUGAGGCAGCUUCACGUGACUGGUCGUCAGCUCACAGAAACGUGGGUAGUAGAGGCUGGCUUGGCGUAGGUUGAACACAGGCCUCAAGGCUAUGGCCAGACCUGGACUAAAUCUGGAUCCGGAACCCUUACCCUUUCCUGGGGAGAA